AUGGCUUCAAAAUCACCAGUGGUUAGUCCCAUUGUAAAGGACUCUAAGCUGUUGAUUCCUAAGGAUCGACUUUUUAGGCCUUAUGUUCUACCAUUUCUGCCACUGUACGCUACUUUUGCCCAAAUUUACUUUAACCAGUAUGACCAGUACAUUAAAGGCUCCGAAUGGACCUUUGUGUACCUCGGUGGACUGGUGUCGUUGAACAUGUUGAUUUUGUUGCUACCUCAGUGGAAUGUUAAUAUUGCGAGUACUUUCAACUACGCGAAGGCUUCCAGCAUCGAGGAGGCUACUCAUAUUUUGAUACAUACGACUCCCAAUAACGGUGCCGAUGGCAUUGUAGAAAUACACAGAGUCCAAGAGUCCGGUCAUUUACAAGUUUUCUUUCAAUUUCAAAAAAAGAGAUUUUUGUUGGAUCCUGAAGAGCGGGUCUUCUCAAGUCCCAAAUUUCCUGUCGAUGAAUGUCCAGAAAUUAGUGUAUUCCAGAAAUGCAAAGGCAACUCAGGCGACUUAACUCAUCUUAAAAGAUUGUAUGGAGACAACUCUUUUGAUAUCCCUAUCCCUCUCUUCAUAGAGCUUUUCAAAGAGCAUGCUGUCGCUCCAUUCUUUGUUUUUCAAAUUUUUUGUGUUUGCCUGUGGUUGCUCGAUGAUUUAUGGUACUAUUCAUUGUUCAACUUGUUUAUGAUUAUCGCAAUGGAGGCUGCUGCUGUUUUCCAAAGAUUGACUACCUUAAAAGAGUUUAGGACAAUGGGUGUCAAACCUUAUGCUAUCAACGUCUUCCGUAAUGGAAAGUGGAUUAGUUUACAAAGUAACGAGUUGCUCCCCAUGGAUUUGGUCUCAAUUACCAGAACAGCCGAUGAAAGUGCCAUUCCAUGUGACCUUAUUUUAGUUGAUGGUUCCUGUAUUGUUAACGAAGCGAUGCUUUCCGGUGAAUCCACCCCUCUUUUGAAAGAAUCAAUCAAGUUACGUCCGGCCCAUGAAAAACUGCAGUUGGAAGGCCUUGAUAAGAAUUCCGUUCUACACGGAGGUACUAAGGCGCUGCAAGUUACUGCUCCAGAAUCAAAUUCCAUCGUGCCACCUUCUCCUGACCAUGGUGCGUUGGCGGUAGUCACCAAGACUGGUUUUGAAACUUCUCAAGGCUCUUUGGUUCGUGUCAUGAUUUAUUCUGCGGAACGUGUCUCUGUUGGCAAUAAAGAAGCUCUCUUCUUCAUUCUUUUCUUGCUGAUCUUCGCCAUUGCAGCAUCCUGGUACGUUUGGGUUGAGGGUACCAAAAUGGGUAGAGUCCAAUCAAAACUAAUUGUGGAUUGUAUCUUAAUCAUUACAUCUGUUGUUCCUCCUGAAUUACCAAUGGAAUUGACUAUGGCAGUGAACACAUCAUUGGCAGCACUAUCCAAGUUUUACGUCUACUGUACAGAACCUUUCAGAAUUCCCUUAGCCGGAAGAGUUGAUGUGUGUUGUUUUGAUAAAACUGGUACCUUGACUGGCGAAGACUUAGUGUUUGAAGGAUUAGCUGGCGUCGCUAAAGUUGAUGCUCUUGAUCACUUAUCAACUGCCAACGAUGCCUCUUUAGAAACUUCUUUGGUGAUUGGUGCUGCCCACGCUCUUGUUUUAUUGGAUGAUGGUGAAGUUGUUGGUGAUCCAAUGGAAAAAGCCACUUUGAAUGCCUGCGGGUGGAAGGUCGGUGCCAAGGAUACUGUUCAAAAGGAAUCAAUCGGAAGAAUUGAUGUUUUACGCCGGUUUCAGUUUUCUUCGGCUUUGAAAAGAUCUUCCUCAAUUGCCACCUACAAGAAUCAGUUAUUCUGUGCUGUGAAAGGUGCUCCUGAGACCAUCCGCGAAAGAUUGUCCACAGUUCCCGAAAAGUACGAUGAAAUUUACAAGCAUUUCACGCGUGCUGGUUCCAGAGUCCUUGCCCUUGCCUCCAAGCAACUUCCCUCCAUGAAUCAAAACAAGAUUGACAAUCUUGAUCGUUCUGACAUGGAAACUGGUCUCGAAUUUAGAGGAUUUUUGGUUUUCCAUUGUCCUCUGAAAGAUGAUGCGAUCGACACUAUCAAAAUGUUGAACGAGUCAUCCCAUAGAUGUGUAAUGAUUACUGGUGAUAAUCCUUUGACGGCAGUUCAUGUUGCGAAAGAAGUUGGAAUUGUUGAGAGAGAAACUUUGAUUUUGGAUGAGCCAAUCGAUGGCAGUACUCAUGCGUUAUUACUCAGGAACGUCGAUGAAACAAUUAUGGAGCCAUUUGACCCCGAAAAUGACAAGUUUGAUCAUUCCAAGACUUUUGCCAAGUACGAUAUUGCUGUAACUGGUCAUGCUUUGACUUCAUUGAAAAAGCACUCUCAAUUGAGAGAGUUGAUUCGUCAUUGCUGGAUUUACGCUCGUGUCUCUCCUGCUCAAAAGGAAUUUAUUUUGACUACCUUGAAAGAUAUGGGCUACCAAACCUUAAUGUGUGGUGAUGGUACCAACGAUGUAGGUGCUUUAAAGCAAGCACAUGUUGGUAUCGCUCUGCUAAACGGUACUGAAGAAGGCUUGAAGAAGUUGAAUGAUCAGCGUAGAAUUGAUACUAUGAAAGCGAUGUACGAGAAGCAGUGCGGCUUCAUGGACAGAUGGGGCCAACCACACCCACCUGUUCCAGAACCUAUAGCACACUUGUAUCCAGCUGGUCCAUCCAAUCCAAACUAUUUGAAAGCCUUAGAGAAGAAAGGUGUUUCCAUUACACCUGAAAUGAGAAAGAUGGCAAUGGAAGCCGCUUCAAAACCAGUAGUGACCAAGAAAGUCGAUCCAUCUAAGCAAUCUGCAAAAGAUUUGACUGAUAUGGUUAUGAGCUCGCUGGGCGAAGCUGAUGGAGAUGAUGCACCAGCUCUAAAAUUAGGUGAUGCUUCAUGUGCUGCUCCUUUUACUUCCAAACUUGCCAAUGUCUCUGCUGUUACCAAGAUUAUCAGACAAGGUCGCUGUGCAUUGAUUAACACCAUUCAGAUGUACAAGAUUUUGGCCUUGAAUUGUUUGAUUAGUGCUUACUCCUUGUCUGUGAUGUUCUUGGCUGGUGUCAAGUUUGGGGACGCACAAGCAACUGUUUCUGGUUUAUUGAUUUCUGUUUGCUUCUUGAGUAUUUCAAGGGGUAAACCACUGGAGAAACUGUCAAAGGAAAGACCUCAACCUGGUAUCUUUAACACUUAUAUUAUGGGUUCUAUUUUGGGCCAAUUUGCAGUUCACAUGUCGACCUUGAUUUACAUCACCUUGGAGAUAUACAAAAUCGAACCUAGGGAACCACAAGUAGAUUUGGAAAAGGAGUUUGCCCCUUCAUUAUUGAACACUGGUAUUUUCAUGGUCCAGUUAGCCCAGCAAGUUUCUACUUUCGCUGUCAAUUACCAGGGAGAACCAUUCAGAGAGAAUAUCAGAAGCAACAAAGGGAUGUACUACGGCUUACUUGGUGUUGCUGGCUUGGCGCUUGCAGGAUCUACCGAAUUUUUCCCUGAUUUGAAUGCUGCUAUGAAAUUUGUACCCAUGGAUGACGUUUUCAAAGUCAAAUUGACUUCAACGUUGCUACUAGACUACUUCGGUAGCUGGGGAUUUGAGUUGUUUUUCAAGUACUUUUUCAUGGAUUCAAAGCCCGCUGAUAUAGCAAAACGUGACUGA